AUGGCAACAAACACAAAAAUCUCCACCGAUCAGCCGGCUUUAUCAUCUAGGGAUCGCCUUCUAUUUGUCUACAAUGCUGAUUCCGGCUUUUUAAAUAUGUUGAAGGAUUGGACUCAUAAGAUUGUACGUCCAUCAACGUACAAUUGUCAACUAUGUGCAUUGACAUAUGGCAAUACAGGAAUGCAUAAAAAAUGGCAUGUCUUCAUCUCUGGUUUAGCUUUUGACACUAUAUUUUUACAUCGUGACGAAUUCGAAAAAGAAUAUCCUAGUCUCAAGGACACACCAUUACCAUGUAUCCUUGUCGAACAAAAAAAUGAUAAACAUAUGAAAGUUGUCUUGGACGCUGAAACAAUUAAUAAACAACAGACUCUUGAUCAACUUAUUGACAUUUGUACUCAAUCUAUAAAGAAUUGCAUUGAACACCAGUAA